AUGGGCCCCUGUACCGCCUCCUCAUGCUGCUGCCAGGCCCGUAAUCUGCCAUGGGCCCCUGUACCGCCUCCUCAUGCUGCUGCCAGGCCCGUAAUCUGCCAUGGGCCCCUGUACCGCCUCCUCAUGCUGCUGCCAGGUCCAGAGUCUCUCAUGGGUCCCUGUACGGCCUCCCAUUGCUGCUGUCUCCAUCGCCACACUCUGCCAUGUGCCACUUUCAGGUCUCCUCACAACUGCUGGUGUGUUCCAUUUUUUGUCAUAGGGUGCUGGCAGAUUACGGGCCUCCCAUAGCUGCUGCCAGGCCCCUAAUCUGCCAUGGGCCCCUGUACCGCCUCCUCAUGCUGCUGCCAGGUCCAGAGUCUCUCAUGGGUCCCUGUACGGCCUCCCAUUGCUGCUGUCUCCAUCGCCACACUCUGCCAUGUGCCACUUUCAGGUCUCCUCACACACUGCUGGUGUGUUCCAUUUUUUGUCAUAGGGUGCUG